AUGUCUUUCUGCAGCUUCUUUGGGGGCGAGGUUUACCAGAACCACUUUGAGCCGGGUGUGUACGUGUGUGCCAAAUGUGGCUAUGAGCUGUUCUCGAGCCACUCCAAGUAUGCGCACUCCUCUCCCUGGCCGGCGUUCACCGAGACCAUCCACAGAGACAGCGUGGUCAAGCGCCCAGAGAACAAUCGACCUGAAGCUUUAAAGGUGUCCUGUGGAAAAUGUGGCCACGGGCUGGGCCAUGAGUUUCUGAACGAUGGCCCCAAGCGGGGACAGUCCCGAUUCUGAAUAUUUAGCAGCUCACUGAAGUUCAUCCCCAAAGGCAAAGAAACUUCUGCCUCCCUGGGGAAGUAG